AUGACCGGAAGCGAGUCGCGUAGCAACGAUUCCAUCAUGUCGUUCAAGAAGGAGAACCGCGAAGCAGCCGACACACUCAACCUUCUCAACCGAACCCUCCCAUCGGUUUCCGUGCCUCCAGGCCUCUCCGACAUAGAGAAAUCGUUCGCGCGCGACUUCCAACCGUUUGUGCAACACGAUCAGAUGCUGAAGACGUUGGUGUCACAAGCCGCGCGCAAUGCUCUCGCCAGUCAGGAUCCGUGCACAAUUCCCGACGAUCUUCGAGAGGAGUUGAUGCGACAGAAGAGAAAGGACGACGCCUUCAAGACGGCACUCUGUGAUUCCUACAAACGCAGCGCGACAUGUUCGUAUGGAGAACAGUGCAGAUUUGCUCAUGGCGUGCACGAGCUUCGACUCCCACAACACCCACGUGGGCGCAAUCACCCAAAAUACAAGACGGUUCUCUGUGACAAGUUCUCGACUACCGGAAAUUGCAAAUACGGAACCCGUUGUCAGUUCAUUCACAAAAUAGUCAACCCGACGUUGCUGGCACAGGCAAGCGGAAUUCUGAACAACACCACCGUCAAUAACUCCUCCAACGCCUUCAAUCAGUCGUUGUUCAUGCCAUCGAUGGCCGCCGAUCUCAGCAUGGAUCUCAAUCAGAGUCUUCCAAUCCGGCGAGCAGAUUUGGCUCGCGCAUUCGCUCGUGCCAGCCAGCUUGACUCCUCCGUCGACGACGGUGUUACACGGAUGGCGCGGAUCUUCGGAAACCAAUUCCAUCGGGAUCUAUCGUUCGCGGGACUUCGAAACUAA